CUUUGGGUCUGUGUGCGUGCACUUUGCAUGUUCUCCCCACGCUUGGUGGGUAUCCAGAGACAUGCAGGUUAGACUAAAUGGCAUUCACAAAUUGCCUGUAGUGUAUGAAUGACAAUCAGGCAUCAACACAGCCCCUUAAGUAACUGAAACAGAUACUGUAUAUCACCAGGGUUGGGAAUAUCAUCUCCUGAUGUGCAGAAUGGACCAAAAUAUUUAAUAAUGUCUAGCACUUUGUUGUAAAUGUGCUCCUUUUUUUUUUUAAACAGCAUAAUAGUGGGAUGAGGCAACACCUUUGCUCACUUGCUGUGUCCGCAUUUAGUGAACCAGGCUGUGUUGGCUCUUUAACAUCCUAAUACAGUACUUCUCCUUCUCCUCCCACACCCACGACGUAGCACACUAGUGUAAAUACACUACAGCAGUGGACCUUGCUGCAGUUUGCCACACCAGAUUAUCAGCUGGGCUCUGAAGCCCCUAGAAGAAGUGUUUACAUUAUUCAUAAUUCAUACCAGGCUUUUAGAAGCCCAGCUCUAGAGGAAGGUACUGUAGUGAGCUCGCCCUGGUUCGGCUGUGUCCGGAUUGACUCGUCUCUUUCACGUUAGGAGUGCUGCAGAGGUUUGGACUCCUACUCGGGUUUUCUUUUUUCCAACACCGCAUCUGCACAGUUGAAGGUAAGGUUUGUGGGAACUGUGUGCAUGCAGAAUCGGUGAGUUUUGAUUAGCAGGAUGACUGCAGUAGGUUUAACUUCUGCGUGUGUGUGAUGCGGAUCAGUCCCAAAUCAGGAUGCUCUGUCUGUCUCUCUCUCUCUGUGUGUGUGUGUGUGUGUGUGUGUGCUGUGCGGAUCAAUGUCGUGCUGCUGCCUGUGUUCGGCUCACACACAGAGCACCAUCAUGUCGCUGUACCCGUCUCAGAUUAAGGCGUUCAAGAGCAGCGAGCCCAAAACCCUCGGGGCAGUACAGAUCAUCAUCGGCUUGUUGGCCGUCAUCCUGAGCACGAUUGUGUAUAAACUGCAUUAUCACAUCCAGAGGGAAGUCAUCAUCCUCAUCCUGAAUGGUGCUCAACUAAUUAUCACCGGAAUUGUCUUGGUGCAUGCUGGGAGGAGACCAUCUAAAUGUCUGGUUGGUACGACCAUUGUUUUGCAGUUGCUAACCGCAGCAUUUGAUAUUGUCGGAUUCGGUCUCAUAGCCCGACAUGUACCCUUUCGUGGGGAAUCCUACUAUUACAGAGACACUGAGUGGUGUUGUGACCCACUCCAUUCAGUGUGGGCUUGCUGUGGAGAAGGAGAUAAAGGGGGGCAUAAGGAGUUUCUGGUGAAUGGCAUUUUGGGCACCUUGAUUGGCUCUUUGGUAUUGGUGUGCAUUAUCGGUUUGGUUGUGGCACUUUUCGGAGUGUAUGCCCUGUCUGUUAGUGCUAUUAAGGAGAUGACACCUAUUCCUAACUCCACUGCAAACACACAGUAUGGAGCUGGAGGACAGGCCAGGACUAAUGUGCGUAAUGGGAACUGACGGAGCAAAACACACUCACAGUACAAGAUCCAUGACAUUAGCACAGUUUCAUACCAAUUAAAUGAAACAUCUGUUUCACUUCUACACCACACAGUUAAAAAAAAAAAAAAACUUUCGUGACAAUGUAAAUAAUUUGUAAAAUUGUUCUUAGCGCCUGUUAUUUGGCUGUUUUCUCACUCUGCAAUGAAUUUUGAUGGCUAAAUAGUUGCUAGGGCGUCAUUUAUUAUGCACUAAUAAACAAGUUUGUUUGCAUGAAAUUGCUUAUGUAGUAUCAGUAAUGAACUUGUUAAGAAACGUAGGUAGUACAAAUAAGAAUGUAAAGAAGCAAUUAUUAUUUGCAUAAUCCAUGUUCGUACUAGACGAUAACUGCUAUAAUAACACAGAAAGAGAUAUAUGAAAGAAGAUGUAUUAUAUAGAGUAUUAUUAAUGCAAGUCUGUGCUGGGGUGCUGUAGAACAUCAUUUGCAUGAAACAUCAGUCUAAUUUAAGGCUAG